AACGUUCAGUAGGAUCCAAAGGAGCAAAGAGCAAAAUAGCCAGAGAGGUGGAGGAAGGUGGUCCAUAUAAGGCCUCAUGCUCUUCUUCUGCUCUUGAUGAAAGCAAGCACAUCUCUCUCCCUCUCCCAGAAAGAUCUCCUGCCUCACUCCCCAUUCUUGAAUUCAUCCAUCACUCUUCAACUGUUCAUCCUCCGCCGCCGGCGACCGCCGGAACUUUCUCUCUUUUCAAGUUCCACUGUUUUCUGAAUCCAUCUUUUAAAAAGCUCUUCGCUUGAUAGAACCCAACCUUGAUUCCUUAGGAGGCAAAUCCCUUUUCUAUUUUCAGUUUCUGAUUUAUUGUGGAGCAGAGUAGAGUCUUUCCUCGAUUUUCUAGAGGAGGAAUUCCAAAGAAAGAAAUCUGCUUCCUUUUCUGCUACUGCACUAAAAGAGGAUUUCUUUCUUCUGCUUUUUUUUUUUGGAUUUUCUCCCAUUUCCCUCCUCCCUUUUACAGAUUUGGACCAGUACAGAGUCGGGUUGGAGAUUUGGGAGCUUCCAAAAUAGAAUUUUUCGCUUUAUUUCUGCAGCUUCUCUUUUUUUUUUUUUUUAAUUUGCUGGGGUUUAGGGUUUUAGGGAAAUUCAUAAAACAAAUUUCCCGUUUUCCUCAUCAAGCUUCGAUUUUGAUGCUUUCUCUGAGAUCUUCCUUCGAAAUUCAAUAAUUGUUCCUAGAAUCUCACCAUCUUGUGCCCCACAACCUCUUUUCCAGCUCUCAAUUCCUUUCUCUUCAAGUUCAUUUGCAAUCAAAAUUUUGAGUUACCUAUGCCUUCUCCAACAUUUCCAAUGUCCUCUUGCCUAACUGGCACCGGCAGUCGAACCUAUAAGGUCGACCUUGACAUCAUCGCCAAUUCUCCUCGCUCCUCCCACUCCUCUGCUUCCUCCACUCUAUCGGAGUCUAGCAAUUCUACCCCCCUCUCCAUCUCCACCAAGAGAAACAGAACUCCCCGUAAACGGCCAAACCAAUGCUCCGCCGAGGCAGCCGCCAUCCUCUCCUCAAUCUACCCCAAACUCUUCUCUUCAACCAAUCUCCAACGGUCAACUUUUCAUCUCCAACAACCCCCCGACGAUCCCUUCCCUGUCCUCCUCCCUUCCUUCCCCAUUUCCGGCGAUCCCAGCCUCCUGCUUCAAAGCCUCCCCUCUCCAGUGAAGUCGCCUGUGCAGACCAAGCUGACGAAUUCGCAAUACACUAUCAUUCACAGCCCGACAAACUUUCAGUAUCAGGAUGCUGGAUCUCCGGACUUUGAUGCUGAAUCCAUCCUCGACGAGGAGGUCGAGGAAGGCAUAGAUAGCAUCAUGGGAAAUCUCUCCAUGAGUAAAGAAAUCACUGGGGAUUGCCUCAAUUCCAAUUCAAAUUCAAUUAUCAAUCCUUGCCUUGCAAGCCUGAUGGGUUUUGGCCUCAAGGGUGUUUUCGGCUUUGGCUUUGGCAUUUCGUCAAAUAUUAGAGGGGCAUUAAGGCAGUCCAAUGACGGAGACUGGUGGAGGUCACCGAAGGUGGCUGUGAAGGACAUCAUUCCGAUGGGGAAGACGGUAAUGGCCGACAAAAACAAGAAGAAGAAGAAAAAGAAGGUGGUGGAAGCCAUAGAUAAGAAGGUCAAUACCGCUGUUUCUCCGCCGGAAGAUGGUAUUUUGAAGGCGAAGCUCGGCUUGAAGCUUAACUACGAAGCCGUUCUGAAGGAAUGGUCCGGCGGUUCUCCAUUCUCCGGCGAGGCAGGUUCCCCGGAUUCCGCCGCCGAACUUAUCGUCAGUUUGACGGACAAUGAACUAUUGCUCGAAAUGAGAGAUGGAGCAAUGCGAGAAGCAUCAUAA